CUCAUUUAAAUUUGGCAAAGCGUCACGGUUCUAAAGAUACCUCAUACCCCACUUACCCAAUCAUAAUCAGACACGUGGAGUCGUAUUUGUUCGCGCUCCCCUUUUUUACACUUACGUGGGAUCUCUCAAUCUCAAAUCCAUCGUCCGUUAGAAUCUUCUCUUCAAUUGCGUCGUCGGCAUUUCCACUCCACACCAUCGCCGAUCCCCCCCAAUACCGCGUUAGAUUCGCUUUUGCGAUUCUCGAGUUCACCGGAAAUGUGGAAGCCGAAUACUCGGAUUCUUUGAGAAAUGAUAAUUACGAAACAUUGAUUUGCUGAUUUCUAGAUUUGGAAGGUAAAGUGAGAGAUGAUAAGAGAUCAAAUGACUUAGGCGGCACUACUCUAGUGGAAGCAAGGAUUACGAUCUAAGCUUCCAAGUUUGCUUAGGAGGAAAUUCGGUUGUUUUUGGUGGAAUUUUUGAGACGGCUGAAAUGUCGAAGGUGGUGUACGAAGGAUGGAUGGUGAGAUAUGGAAGAAGGAAGAUCGGCCGAUCUUUCAUACACAUGCGAUAUUUCGUACUCGAAAAUCGACUUUUGGCUUAUUACAAGAGAAAGCCACAAGAUACUCAGGUUCCAAUCAAGACCCUGUUGAUAGACGGAAACUGUAGAGUGGAGGAUCGAGGCUUGAAGACACACCAUGGACAUAUGCUUUAUGUUUUGUCUGUUUACAACAAGAAGGAGAAGUACCACAGAAUCACGAUGGCAGCAUUCAACAUCCAGGAAGUCCUAAUAUGGAAGGAAAAAAUAGAGUCUGUAAUUGAUCAGCAUCAGGAGCCUCAAAUUGCUAAUGGUAACAAAUAUGUUUCUUUUGAAUAUAAAUCUGGGAUGGAUAAUGGGAGGACUGCUUCUUCUUCGGACCAUGAAUGUCAGUUCAGUGCCCAGGAGGAUGAAGUUGAUGCACCAUCAAGUUUGCUAAGGAGAACAACUAUUGGAAAUGGUCCUCCAGAUUCAAUAUUCGACUGGACACAGGAAUGUGACUCAGAAUUGGCAAAUCACAAUGCCAACAACCAAGCAUUUUCUGGAAAACAUUGGCGCCUCCUUCAAUGUCAAAAUGGACUUCGCAUUUUUGAAGAGCUUGUUGAAGUUGAUUACCUUCCAAGGAGCUGUAGUAGAGCAAUGAAAGCUGUAGGUGUUGUGGAAGCUACUUGUGAGGAAAUUUUUGGUCUUGUAAUGAGCAUGGAUGGAACUAGAUUUGAGUGGGAUUGUAGUUUUCAGUACGGUAGUUUAGUUGAAGAGGUAGAUGGGCAUACAGCUAUAAUUUAUCACAGGCUUCAGUUGGAUUGGUUUCCUCUGUUUGUAUGGCCCCGUGACCUUUGCUAUGUGCGUUAUUGGCGCCGAAAUGAUGAUGGAAGUUAUGUUGUAUUAUUUCGCUCUAGGGAGCAUGAGAAUUGUGGCCAACAACCAGGAUAUGUGCGGGCUCAUGUUGAAAGUGGAGGGUUCAACAUUUCCCCCCUGAAAUCUCGAAAUGGGAAGCCUAGAACGCAGGUGCAGCAUCUCAUGCAGGUUGAUUUGAAAGGAUGGGGUGUGGGUUAUGUUUCAUCAUUUCAGCAGCACUGUCUUCUUCAGAUGUUGAAUAGUGUUGCUGGAUUGCGUGAAUGGUUUGCUCAAAUAGAAGAAAGAGGUGCUCCUCCUAGAAUUCCUGUUAUGGUCAAUAUGGCCGCAUCUUCAGUUUCCUCAGUUAAGACUCAAAAGAUAGAUGAGUUAUCUGUUCCCCCUGGCCCUUCUCUUGAUCAAACAAAUGCUGCAAGCAGAAACUCUGUGAUGAUGGAUGAAUACUCUGACGAAGAUGAAGAACAAAUGCCUGAGGCAGAACAAGAGGCAUGUCCAACAAAAAGUGACAAUGAUGCCAAGAGAACAGCCCCAAAAGAAGAACCAUUUGAGAAAAUUGAUUUGUCAUGCUUUUCUGGUAAUCUACGACGUGAUGACCAUGAUAAUUCUCGUGAUUGUUGGAGAAUUUCGGAUGGUAACAAUUUCAGAGUCCGUAGCAAGCAUUUUUGUUUCAACAAAACAAAGAUUCCUGCCGGGAAGCAUUUAAUGGAUCUUGUUGCUGUUGAUUGGUUUAAAGACACAAAAAGAAUGGACCAUGUUGCUAGGCGUCAUGGCUGUGCUGCACAAGUUGCUUCAGAAAAGGGGCUUUUCUCUUUGGUCUUUAAUGUUCAAGUUCCUGGCUCAACCCACUAUAGUAUGGUCUUUUAUUUUGUGACAAGGGAACUAGUACCUGGGUCCCUUUUGCAUCGAUUUGUUGAGGGUGAUGAUGAGUUCCGCAAUAGUAGGCUGAAGCUUAUUCCCUCAGUGCCAAAGGGGUCAUGGAUUGUGCGACAGAGUGUUGGGAGCACCCCCUGUUUGUUGGGAAAAGCAGUUGAUUGCAACUAUAUCCGUGGUCCCAAGUACUUAGAGGUUGAUAUUGACAUAGGUUCUUCUACGGUUGCUAAUGGAGUUUUGGGGCUUGUCAUUGGUGUAAUCACAACAUUGGUGGUUGACAUGGCUUUCCUUGUACAGGCAAAUACAACAGAUGAGCUGCCAGAGCGGCUAAUUGGUGCAGUUCGUGUUUCUCAUAUAGAGCUAUCGUCUGCCAUAGUUCCGAAGCUGGAUGCUGAUCCAUCAUGAUUGUAUUGACCACACACAGUUCAUCUAUACGGAUUAUUUGUUCUAAUAUUUCAUUCACAUUUCCUCUUUUAUCAUUCAACAUUACAAAAAGGAAGCCGUCACUUUUGUUUUUCCA